CUUCGUAAAAUUGUAUAGGAAUAAUAUAUGAUCCAAGGAUAUAGCUUCAAAAGGAAUUCAUUAAAUGAUGAAUUGCAUGCACCUAUAUAUGCUUUAGCAUGGGAUCAGAACAUAGAACUCUAUAAAGAAAAUAUAUCAUUACAUUCUUAAUAAUUUAGGAUAAUAAUUAAACAUGUUAAAUUUAUAAUAUUUCUUUUGAAAGUAGUUGUUCCAUAACGACGGAACAAUGUAUGGAAUGAAUCCUAUAGAUAAAAUCUAAGUUGUGUACAAACAAUUUUUCAGUUCAUAAAUUACAUUGUUUAUUUAAAAUGUAUAUGUUACAAUGAAUUAAAUGUCUAAUCAAACAAAUACAAUGAACAUUAGAAAUUAUAUUUUCAUAAAUCAAUUAGUACUAAAAUUUGUUGGAUUUUAUCCAAUAAGUAUUAUAAGAUAUGUUAUAUGCAUUAGUUGCAUUAUGUUUAUUGUUAUACCACAAAUAAUAAUGAUUUAUAUAAAUUGGAAUGAUUUAAAUAUUGUUAUGGAAACGGGCUCAACUUUACUGACAAUUUUACUUGCUGCAUUGAAAUCAAUAGUUUGGAUAUUUAAUAGAAAAAAUUUGGAAUUUUUUAUUGAAUUUAUGUUGACAGAUUAUUGGAAAAUAAUUGAAACUAAUGUUUUUGAAUAUUUACAAGAAUAUGCAAUAUAUGCUAAGAACAUUACCAAAGGUUAUUUCAUUUCAAUGUGUAAUGCUUUAUUAUUUUUCUUUAGUUUACCUAUUAUUGAAAUAUUAACUAAAAAUGAAAAUUUAAAUAAUUUUACUAUAAAAAACUUUCCAUUUGCUGCAUCAUAUCCUAUAAUUUUUUAUAAAUUUCCCUUUUAUGAGAUUGCAUAUAUAUCUCAAAUAUUGGCAACAAGUAUUUGUUGUCUGAUGAUGCUUGCAAUUGAUAGCCUAAUUGCAACUGCUUUACUUCAUACUUGUGGACAUUUUACAGUGCUUAAAGAAAAUUUAAAGAAUCUCGACACGUAUAUAUAUGAUUUAACUAAUUUGAAGACUAAUUCAAAACAUAUAAAUAAGAAUUUAUACGAAAUAAAAACUCAAAUAAUAUAUAUAAUUAAACAUCAUCAACUAGUUCUCUGGUUUUGUGAUAAUAUGGAAAAGAACUUUCAUCUAAUACUUUUUUUACAAGCAAUAACCAGUAGUCUAAUAAUUUGUUUCGUCGGAUUUCAGAUUUCUAUAGCAUUAACAGAACGAUCUAAAUUUCUUGAAUCUCUUUCUCACUUAAUCGUAUCGCUUUUUCAACUAUUACUUUUCUGUUUUCCUGGAGACAUUUUAAUACGACAGAGUUUCAAUAUAAGCAUAGCUGCAUAUUCUAUACAAUGGUAUCAAUUGCCAACUUUUAUUAAAGAUGAAAUAUGCAUGAUUAUAUUACGUUCUCAAAGACCUAGUUUUAUUACUGCAGGAAAAUUAUAUAUAAUGCAUUUAGAAAAUUUUACCGCGAUACUUAGUACUGCAUUUUCAUAUUUUAUGAUGCUUCAAAGCUUCAAUACAGAAGCUUAGAAAUUAAAAUUGCUUACUAGAGGAUCAUACACGAAUGGCGUCAAUACACUUAAUAACGUACUACUUUGUUGUCGAAGAACCCUCAUAGUUAUUUCACAAGCACGCCUAAAUGGUCCUUCAAUUUUUAAUGGUCCCAUAGCAUCUACCA